AUGGAUAGAACAUGGAUAGUUGCAGAUAGGAGAUCUCGUGAUUAUAAGUUAGGGGUGAUUCAAUUCUGUAAGUUUGCCUUGGAUAAUGCUAGAGACCCAAAUCACAUUAGCUGUCCUUGCACGAAGUGUGGAAAUGUAGAAUAUUUUUCGAUUUCGGUAAUUAGGGACCAUUUAUUUGUAAAUGGAAUUGAUGAGAGUUAUGAUAAAUGGACUGAUCAUGGGGAGGCUAUCGUGGAUUCAGGAACAGAUGAAGAUACCAAUAGCAUGGAAACAGAUUCAGAUCAAUCUGAUUCUGUGCAGUGUAAUGAGGGGGUAGAAUAUGAAGUAGAAUUAGGUAGUGACGUGGAGUUGGAAGAUGAUGAGGAUGAAGGGCUUUCAAAUGAGUGUAAUGAGUUUAGACAGUUUGUUGAUGAUGCCAAUAAACCGUUAUACCCGGGUUGUGAUAGGCACACAAAGCUAAAUGUCCUUGUAAGACUUUACAACUUGAAAGCCAAGCAUGGUAUGAGUGAUAUCGCUUACUCUGAUUGGUUGAUUGCCUUUGCAGAGUUUCUUCCAGUAGGCAAUGAGAUACCUGCCUCUGUGUAUGACGCAAAGAAGACCUUGAGUGCUCUAGGAAUGGAUUACACUAAAAUUCAUGCUUGCCCAAAUGAUUGUAUUCUGUAUAGAAAAGAGUAUGUUGAUGAAACUGAAUGCCCUAGAUGUGGUCUUUCAAGGUGGAAAAUAGGUAAAAACUCGAAAGAGAGGGACAGUGUGCCUGCAAAGGUAUUAUGGUACUUUCCCCCUAUUCCUAGGUUCAAAAAAAUGUUUCAAUCAAGUGAAACAUGUAAGAGUUUGACUUGGCAUGCUAUUGAUAGAAAACAUGAUGGCUUGAUGCGUCAUCCGGCAGAUGCUGCUUCGUGGAAGUUAGUAGAUGAAAAAUGGCCGGACUUUGGUUCUGAUCCUAGAAACCUUAGACUUGCAUUGUCAUCUGAUGGGUUCAAUCCCCAUAGUUCAUUAAGUAGCAAGUACAGUUGUUGGCCGGUAAUUCUUGUGACCUACAAUCUGCCUCCAUGGUUAAUAAUGAAGAGGAAACAUAUGAUGUUAACAUUAUUGAUAUCGGGGCCAAAACAACCAGGAAAUGACAUCGAUGUCUACUUGGAACCUCUAAUAGAUGACUUAAAAAUGUUGUGGGAAGGAGUUAGGGGAGUUUAUGAUGCAAGACAAAGUGAAUACUUUACUCUUAGGGGUUUACUAUUUUGGACAAUAAAUGAUUUUCUAGCUUAUGGUAACCUUUCUGGGAGUAUUGUUAAGGGGUAUAAUGCAUGCCCUAUUUUCCUUGAAAAAACCGAACCUACAAGGCUAGUUAAUGGAAAGAAAAUGGCCUACAUUGGGCAUCGAAGAUUUUUGGGAAGAAACCAUCCGUAUCGAAAGCAAAAGGCUACCUUCAACAACUUCCUUGAGCAUUCACCUCCUCCUGUGCCUUUGACUGGUGAAGAGGUAUUGUGUAGGGUAGAGGAGGAAGUUUUGAAGUGGCCUUUUGGGAAGAAAUAUCCUCAACCUCCGUAUAAGGGUGCCGAGGAUGAAAAUAGGCCUUGUUGGAAGAAAAGUCUAUAUUUUUUGAACUUGAAUAUUGGAAAUUUCUACCGGUUCGGCACUGCCUUGAUGUGA